GGGUUUUGCUCCAGCGGGUGUUGUUUUCCUUUGUCUGAAGGCAGGUUUUCGUAGUUAGUGAGAAUGGCUAGGACAAAGCAAACAGCUCGCAAAUCUACUGGGGGUAAAGCUCCCCGUAAACAGUUGGCUACUAAAGCUGCCCGUAAAAGUGCUCCUGCGACUGGAGGAGUGAAAAAACCUCAUCGCUACCGGCCUGGCACCGUGGCUUUGCGGGAGAUUCGCCGUUACCAGAAAUCCACUGAGCUGCUCAUCCGCAAACUGCCCUUCCAGCGCCUGGUGCGUGAAAUCGCCCAGGACUUCAAGACCGACUUGCGCUUCCAGAGUUCGGCUGUUAUGGCCCUGCAGGAGGCUAGUGAGGCAUAUCUAGUUGGUCUCUUCGAGGAUACCAACCUAUGUGCUAUUCAUGCCAAGAGAGUCACCAUUAUGCCCAAGGACAUCCAGUUGGCCCGCCGUAUCCGCGGGGAGAGAGCUUAAAUUUCUAAUAGGAGUUCAUGCAACCAACUAAAAAAAACCCCAAAAGGCUCUUUUAAGAGCCACCACAUUUACACUGAAAGGAGCUGUAUUUCUGCUUUAAUAUUUCAAUGGAUUGUACGAACAGUAAGAGUACCAAAAAGAUUGCGGUCUAGUAAGG